GCGUGUCUUUGCUACGAGUUGUCACAAGCGGGCGUCAACUUCGAGCCUCAGUGCUCGCUACCAAUCCGCUACGGAGACGCAACGAUAGAGGGAGGGCUGAGGCUCGAUCUGCUCGUUGAGGGCAAGGUGAUCGUCGAACUCAAGUCAAUCGAAACGUUGCUUCCUAUCCACGAAGCCCAGUUGCUCACCUACAUGAAGCUGGCGAACAAACGCCUCGGCUUCUUACUCAACUUCAACACUGUCCUCUUACGCGAUGGCAUGAAGCGGCUCGUCCUCUAA